AGUUUGUCAUUUCUGCGAGAUGCUUUUUGUGUUGUAGAAGAGAUGGGAUUUUAUAAAUUAUUGCCAAAAAAAAUUAAUAAUUACAUACCCAUUGACGUUCAUUGUUAUAGUAGUCCAUUCUGCCUUCAAGCUGCAAAAAGAAGAUAGUUUGAAUAAAAUGUAAUAUUAUAGGGCAGUUAUGUAACCAACACAAUAAACAUUUGGAGACAAGAAUAUAAGAAUGACAUUGUGUGUAAGAGUAAUAAAAAGUAUACAGAUGGAAAUCCCCGAUAUAAUAGAUACCUGUAUAUACACAUGAAAAAAUAAACACCAGGCCUAUCAAGCAAUCACCUUAAUGAGUAGUUUUUUAAUGAAAAAAACGCCAUUAUCACAACGCCGCCGCCUGCCAGAAAGGACGCUUCCUUUUUUUAUCGAGUAACAACACGCCCACGGUAGCUUAUCUUAUCGGCAGCCAACUGCAAAAUGCCUCUUAUUUCAAUUACCUUAGUAGUGCAGUAGCACAAGAACUAGACUAUAGAAAACCUCAAGUAUGUAGGCCUAGCCAAUGGUUAGAACAUAUCAAAAAUAGUCAUAUAGCAGUUUUAUACUUGUAUAUAGGGUAAAUCGAAGAGUACUUUCACCCGUUAGAAUUUUAUGAUUGAGAUGUCUUUCUAUAUGGGAGUUUUUUGCAAAGAGAACCGGACGAAACAGCAAUAAUGCAUGAAAGAAUUCUCGAUACAUAAAGAAAAUGCUUACCUCGAAAUAUAUAAUUAAAAAAUCGGCUUUCUAGUAUCGAGCAAAUAAUAAAUCGAGAGAACGAUGUAAAAAAGAUACCAAAGCCAAAUUUUCUUCUAAAUUUCUUCCAAGUGAAUAUCGUAGAAUAUUGACUCGGUGCACAAAAUUGACAAUCAGUUUGCAAUCGAACCGAAGAUGAGAGUAGACUAAAUAAAAGUGUACAUAAACAAAUAAACAAACGAAAGAAAAGAGUGAAGAGGAAGGCAGAAAAUUCGUCAAACUGCAAUAUGCCCUUCCUCUCUCUACGCGUUCGUUUUGCAACCAAAAGGAAAAAUAGCGCGCAAGAACGUUCCUACAGUUUGCCAAUACUCCACUUAUCAUUAAAACUCUCUUAAAAGGACGAUACGUACAUUAAUAUUUUAUUAAUAUUACAAUUAAUAAUAAGCAAAUAUUUUUAUUUUUAAAAUCCGAUCAAUUAGCGCUAAAAUUAGGCCAAAUUGCUAGGAACUAUUUUUCUGGGCGUAGUGUUAUUUCUAGGAAGAGAUAAGUGGACGUUAUGCGUCCUCAUGUAGGAAUUAAAAUUCGAUUUUAUUGAGUAGAACAGUAUUCUUUGGUUGGCGACUUGAAAUGAUAUUGUUGAUUUUAAUUACAUCAGCCAUUUGAAGUUAUUUUUUUGGAGUAACAAAAACUCAAAUUACUAUAAAUCGACUAUAAAACUAUUGACAGCUGACUGGUGGGCAUUGUGGGCCAUUGAAUAUGGCGGAUAAAAACGAAUCUGGUAAAUUUUUAUUUGUUUAAUGUCGUAUUUUCUCAUAAGCCUACAAAAUAUUCUCCUCUUUCGCUAACAUAAUUUUACACAAUCAUAUUAAGCGAAUCGAUCAGUAUCCUUGACAACAGUUUACAGUCUAUAUUAAAAGAGAUGUUUAAGAAAUUGUUAUUUCUCUGCGUUAUCGCUCACCGCGUGUUUUCGUUUCUUUGGUAACUGAUGUAACCGAUCGGAUGAAUGUAUUAUUUAGAGAUAGUUGACAUUCAAUCCCUAUUCAAUGAUUUCAAGUAUUUUAUUUACGAUAAUUAAGAAUUGUUGUCAUGUUUUAAAUGGUGAAUAGUGACGUUAUUUGGUUUGUAAACUGAGAAGAAUUCGAUAAUUAUUGGUUUAAAACUACGUUGCUAUUAGGCAAACCGACCAUAAUAUGUUGAUAUAUGCACUCUACUUAAAAGUCUUGCUUCAGGCAGCGAAUCCGAAAGUCAGGAAGAAACAGUCGUAGGCAAUCUGCAAAAGUUUGCAGUCACACCCCCAGGAUACACAGGAAAACCGAAAAAAGGACAUUUGGUAUUUAACGCAUAUUUCGAGUCAGGAAAUCUCGGGAGAGUCGAUUACAUCAGCGAUAUAGAGUAUGAUCUAUUCAUCCGUCCUGAUACAUAUAGCCCUCGAUUCAGGGUUUGGUUUUACUUUACAGUGGAAAACGUAAAAGCAGAUCAAAGGGUCGUCUUUAACAUAGUUAAUUUCUCUAAAACAAAAUCACUCUACAGAGAUGGUAUGUCACCAGUUGUAAUGUCAACUAGCCGACCUAAAUGGGUAAGGAUUCCAGCGAAACAAGUUUACUAUUAUCGAUGCCCGGAUCAUAGGAAAAAUUACGUUCUAUCCGUAACUUUUAUGUUUGAUAAAGAAGACGAUGUUUAUCAUUUUGCAUACUGCUAUCCUUAUGAUUAUACUCGUCUGCAAAACUAUUUGGAUGCAGUAGAACGUAAAAACUACAAUUUCUUCAAACGCGAACUGCUUUGUCUGACUGUACAAGAGAGACGGGUGGAUAUUUUAACCAUUACUCAUCCACGAAAUGUCCCGAAAAAUGACCAGGAGAAGAAGAAGGUUAUUUUCAUAACAGCAAGAAUUCAUCCAGGCGAAACACCGUCAUCCUUCGUCUGCCAAGGUGUUAUUGAUUUUCUUGUCUCCAGUCAUCCAAUAGCGAAGAGUCUCCGGGAGCAUUUAAUAUUUAGAAUUGUACCCAUGUUAAACCCCGAUGGAGUGUAUUUGGGAAAUUAUAGAUGCUCUCUGAUGGGUUUCGAUUUGAAUCGUCAUUGGCAAGAACCGUCACCGUGGGCCCAACCCGCUCUUUAUGCGACCAAGAAUUUACUUAUGAGUUAUGACCAAGAUAAUAACAUUGAUUUGGAUUUCUACAUUGAUAUCCAUGCCCAUUCUACCCUUAUGAGUGGUUUUAUGUAUGGAAACACAUACGACGAUGUUUCGAGAUGUGAACGACAAGCUAUAUUCCCCAAACUUCUUUGUCAAAAUGCCGAAGAUUUCUCAAUUCAGAACACAAAUUUCAAUCGUGACGCAAUGAAGGCAGGGACUGGCAGGCGAACUUUGGGAGGUAUUUUGGAUGAAAAUUCCUACUGCUAUACCCUGGAAGUUUCGUUCUAUAGCUACACUCCUGCAAAUUCGUCAACCUUACAACCCAUUCCUUAUACUGAAGACGCCUAUCAGAAGCUUGGAAGAAAUGUUGUUCGCACUUUUAUUGAUUACUACAAGUCAACAGGAUACAUUCCGACUAAACCUAGUAGUGGUUUGACGCCAAGUGAUGAAUUAAAUUCAAGAAGCUUAACCUCGAAAAAUCGUUAGAAAAACAGAAUAAAAAAAACAAAAUUAGUCGUGAUGUAAUCAUUGCAAUUAAUCUCAUAUUUUCUCUCCCUCUCUCCUCUCUAUCUAUAUCUAUCUAUCUAUCUAUACGUCAAUCUUCUAAUCCGUCCAAUAUUCCGUCCAUAAAGAAAAUUAAAUGCAAUACUGUCCUGCAUCUUUCACAAAUAAACUCAGCUAUUAUUCACUUUUCAGUUAAAAAUGUUUUCAAUACAAAAGACAAACAAUGCAAAA